UUGUGGUCAAUGCAUUAACGUGAAUCCUUGUAAAAAGGUUUAAGUUUUGUUGCCAGAAAAAAGGGGGAAAACCCCCUAUUAAGAUGAAUACUGUACAAAUGUUUAAUGGUGAGCAAGCCAAAACCCACGUACAAUCUGUGAGCGUUACACAAUUACAAAUCGGCUCUCUGUGCACAUCGUGUCAUUAUUUUGGUCGUGGUAAAAAAAAAACACACACGAUGGGCCAUGGUCUUGUACAAGUAUCAGCUCGACUGGAGGGAUGCAGAUGUGACAUCAGGGUGUAUCAGCUGUAACGAGCGCCGCCUCUCUCUUGAUGUUGCGCCAAUUUGUUCUGCCGUGUCCCAGGUGAAGCCCAAGAAAGCGCGUGGUCGCUGCCUGCUCAACUCGCUGCUCUGCUGCUUGGGCAAGCGGCACGGCCAUGGUGAGCCGCGCCAAGCAUCCGUGCCCACAUCGCCGGUGCCAAACAACAACAACAACGGCUGCGGCCCUCCUGAGGAGAAUGGCGUCGUCACGAAGGUCUACCCAGAGCAGCUCCAAGUCCUGCAGCUCGUCUGUCCCCCAAACAAGUCACUGCUGCCAGAGGUCAACCAUUCGGACAGAGGCAAGAAGUGCAUCGUCAUUGACCUGGACGAGACGCUGGUGCACAGCUCCUUCAAGCCUGUCAACAAUGCGGACUUCAUCGUGCCCGUGGAAAUUGAUGGAACGGUUCAUCAGGUGUACGUGCUGAAGAGGCCGCACGUCGAUGAGUUCCUCAAGAGGAUGGGCGAGCUCUUUGAGUGCAUUCUCUUCACGGCGAGUCUGGCGAAGUACGCCGAUCCUGUGGCCGACCUGCUGGACAAGUGGGGCGUGUUCCGCACUCGUCUCUUCCGCGAGUCGUGCGUUUUCCACCGUGGGAACUACGUGAAGGACCUGAGCCGCCUGGGGCGUGACCUCAGUCACACGGCCAUCCUGGACAACUCCCCGGCCUCCUACAUCUUCCACCCCGACAACGCGGUCCCAGUCAUGUCCUGGUUCGAUGACAUGACGGACACAGAGCUACUGGAUCUCAUUCCGUUUUUUGAGGAACUGAGCGAAGCUGACAAUGUUUACACGGCCAUCUACCAGCAGCGCAACAGGUAGCGUCCACGUCGGCAUGACAUUUCAAAGGAGCGAACGAAACGAGUGACACGUGGGGACGGUGUCCCCGGGCCGGCGGCUGCCAUCUCGCGUAUGGCGCAGGAGCAGCAAGCGCCGUCCGCACAGGUGCCUGGACCUCGGCUGACCGCACGCGCACGUGGGCCUCGAGCCCUAAGUGACAACGGCGUGCAGGCUGUUCAGAUCAACCUGAAUCACCCCCCCCCCCCCCCCCCACCACCCCACUCCACUCCAGCUACGUUGAUCCCCUAUACUGCCACGGAUUAAUUCCAAAAUUGUAGAACCUUUUAUUUUAUCAUCAAUUGGUCAUCUUCAUUUCAUUGCCAUGAUAUUUUGGAUUAUUGUCAUCUUCACCAUCAUCAUUGUCAUCAUCUUUCUUUGAGCCUAAUGCUUUUCCUGCAUAAUACAGCAAAGCCAAUGCAGAUUUUUUUUUGUAACAUUUCAAUAUAUAGUAAUAAAAGGGAAGAUAGAUUUUUACGAAAUUAUAAAUAUAUCUUACAUAUAAAAUAGCACACUAUGCCUUAAACAUGCUCGCGUGGGCAGUAUGGGGACUUGAAGGACCAUGUUUGACCUGAUAUUCAGGGAGGCUCAGAACGCCGCUUGUUAGUCCGUGCUGGACCACUGCGAUGAAUCACGACCCAUGUGAUCAUUCAAUUAUUCUCAAGCGUGACCUUUAAAAUGGCCACUCGGGGGAUGGGUUUGAACGAGGCGUGAGUUAUAGUGUAACUGCAUGCGCGGCAUCCACUCGUCCAUCCUGCGUCCACUUCAACCAACGUGAUGAGCAACCACAUUCGGCUGCCUUGAGGUUUGCCUUAUUCCUCCGCACUUGUGCGAUGCGUUAAAAUAAUCACUUUUUACUCCGGCGUUGGUGCCCUCGGUUGAGUUUGUCUGGUUGUACUUGGCGUGGUCUGGCAUGGCGUUCAAUGUUUUGCUCCACGAAAACACAUCGGGGAAAAUUUGCUUUUUUUCACCGAGAGCCACCAGUGAAAUUGGGCGUGACGGUUUUUGGCUUUUGCUCGACGCACAUGGAAAGAACUGUGGUCGUUAAUUUCGAGAAAACGAUUCGUUCCUGUGCAAAUUGGGUACAACGAAUACUUGUCGUUCGUAUGUUUUUUUUAUUAGUUAUAGUGACCGAUCCAAUGUUAUAUAGAUAUACUUAUAUUUUAUGCUAUAUGUUAUGUACUCAGAAUAAUUGUGUGUCGUAUCUUUCUUGCUGUUCUACACAUUUCCUUCAAAUAUAUUUUAUGGGAUUCUUGGCACUAAAGUGUGUUCAAACGGUCGUGUUAACCUGAGACGUCCACUGUGCGCUUAGCCCGAUGCUUAUAACGUUAGGUUUUGUGAAUCGCCUCAUGAUGGACAAGUGCCUUGCGUUAUUUUCUUGUUCGUGGAUUUUUUUAUCAUUUCUCUGCACCAACAAAACCCAUAUCCAUACACCCAGUUGUACACACGACCGUACAUGCGCUUUAGAGAAUGUGUGCUUAUACGUUUGUGUAUGUGUUGAAAGGGGGAGUGCUCAUUAAUUGUCACUCUCUACCACUUAUGCUGGCAGACCAGGUGUUGCUGUAGUUGGAUGAACACUGAAUCACAGGUCCUUAUUGGCUGUAUCGGAUUUUGUUUUAUAGAGUGCUUGGGACAGGUGUAUAUUUACUGAACAUUGGUAGCACCAAAGCGAUAUUUUGUAAUGCGUGGGCGGUACGGUUUUACAUUUGCGUGAUGUUUUGUAAACGAAAAGAAGGGCUCUCAUUUUCUAAUCGCUGUUCUUAAAAUAAUUUUCUUUCUGUAGGAUGCACUACCAUGUUUCGGGAAUUGACGUGUUUUAAUUUGUUUUCUUGCUCACACUCGUCACUGUCAGGGUACGGAGCUCUAGGCUGUUGGCCUGGGCCUUUUCGACGACUUUUAAAUAGCUGCAUCACUCCACCCAACUGCAGGCGUCUCUCCCUGCCAGUUGUGCUGUGGCCUGUGUUUCCGUCUCAUUGACCACCAUCGCAUUUUCUGCCGGGCUGAUGAAUUAAAAUGUAAAUCGAAAGCUGCCAUGCGUGUACAAGAUCACAGCUGAGUACAGUCAACUCGGAACACUGAAUCUGAUGCAGUGUUUAAUAUUUGUGAUAUAGAUAAACGGAUAUGAGUGUGUGUUAUGGAUGAUUCCUGGAUCCAUAUGGGUCGUUUUAGAUUCCAGGUUUAGCACUGAUGUGUAAACUGAGUUCUUGGAGCACUCUUUUCAUAAGUUACCUUUGACCACAAUUUGCUAAGCUCAUCCAGUGGUCCCUUACACUGUACAACAUUCACACUUUACUUAUAGGAAUAAUAAACCGUGAGUCAGCUUUACAAUUGUAUUGUACUUCAACACCCAGAGUGCACACUUGAUUUGUCGUACAGUAAGCUCCUUUUCUGCACACGUUAAUCACAAUCGUACAACUACUUUAUGCAAGAUUUGGAUAAAAUAUAUAGUAGUCACUCCUCGCUCAACGUCGGCCCGCUUAACGUCGUUUCGCUGAAAAGUCGCCGAUGAAUCGCUGCCCACGUAUGUGUUUAAAGUCGCGUGGUGUCACUCUUAACGUUGCUGCCAGGGGGACGUACGUCACGAGGCCCCAUCCCCGACCGGCCCAGUGCAUUUCGACACGGUUGUGCUGUACGGCAAGUCCUUACUUUCUUUACGUGCGCGGCUGAGCGAUUUGAUGCUGUACGCGGCAGCAUACCCUCAUCUCGGUUCGUUGUGAACCCUUUGGGGAGGUAAUUUAUCACCGCAUCCCUCGCCAACGUUCAUGCCAAAAGGCCGAGGAGUCGUGAUCCCUACUGCCUCAAGCACCAUGAUGUGUAAAAGAAAGGUGAUCACAUUGCAAACCAAAUUUGAAUUUUUUCACUGCUUUUGCAGCAGGAGGUAUGGAGUGCCUGUCAUUAGUGUGGAUUGCUCAAAAUCAGAUCCACAUUUCUCUCAGUUUACUGGUGAUCCAGGCAUAGACACGCAGUUUGUUUGAAGACUUAAAGGCCAAGGGUGGUGAAUCGGGGUGUCGUUGCAGCUUUCAAAGCUCCCACGCACCUUCAACAAGGCAUGGAAAUUUUUUUAGUGAGGAUGAUGCAAGCAGGGAGUGCAGUACUCAAGUGUGCACGAAAACCACUGAUACUUUGCAAAGCUACAAGCAACUACAUAUGAAAGAAGAAUAAAGUUGUGCAACAGUCAUUGGAUGCGUUCCUGUAGCUCCCAACACCUCCAAUUAGCGUGGUUGGUUACAUACGGUGUGAAAGAAGUUCAACAUACAUACUAAAUCUAUAGAAAGCUCCACAACCAUCACUGGUGAGUUAACCCAACCUUUUCUCUAAUCAUAGCUACAUGUAAUCACCAUUAUUAUUCGAUUGUCUUUGAAAUAUGUACUCUAAACAAGUUUAUAUUCUUAAGAGUGAUCUGAAAUGUCCCAGGAACAUAACCUCCCUGAUUUACGUUGGUUUUUUUUACAGGAAAAUCGGUUUCGCUCAACAAUAUUUCACUUAAAGUUGCAUUUUUUCAGGAAUACAAACCCAACGUUAAGCGAGGAGUGACUAAUUCCUGCAGCGGAGACGUGAGCGUAUGCACCUGGCUUGAAUUUGCUUCAUGUGCAUUGUGAGAUUGCGUAGCGCAGCGCGUGCUUGUAACCCAUAUGUCUUGGGCCAGGGUGAUCACUGGGACAUUUUUAGGAGGGGAGGGGGUAAGUUUGAAGCCCCCACUAAUUGAUGUUGUAGUCUCCAUGAUAAAUUCAUGAGAAUAUAAAUUUUACACGUGCCACCUUGUUGAAUGGAAUGAGACCACCGUACGUUACGGAGGGAGGAGCGUUAAGCUUCCCCGCGUUCUCCAAAGCUGGUGACACGCGCUCACGGAGCUGUCCCUGCGUGGUAGCGCAUUGUCGGAGGGGGUGGGGGGUGAACGAUGCCCCCUUGAAUGUACUGUAAUGGUGAAGCCAGCCAUGGUGACGAUGACUGAGACCAAGUGCUAUUUACACGGUAUAAAUAUAUAUUUUGUAUAAAUGUUCUAUUUUUUUCAUUUCUUGCUCUAUGCAAUUUUGACUCAUUUCUGCCGAUCUUUUUUGUUCUUUAAGUUUCAGUCAAGACGUGUUGUGCAAAGAGUUUCAAUAUUUACACUCUGUACGGCCACAACUUGUAUGCUGCUCUUCUAUGUAGCCUAGAGCCUUACCUUGCACCUCACUUUUAAGUAACUGUCGUGGCUCCAGAAGACGCCGUUGGCUGCACCACCGCUUGUGUAACAUCCAAGCGCUUGACGCAAGCUUGAACACCUUCGCUCCGAGAAAUAUAGUUUAAUUUUUUUAAACAUUGACGGAGUGAUGUCGUUAGCGGUUUCACCAGCGACUCAUGGAGUCAAGUGCUGUUCUUUCAUUAUUUUUGUCACCUUUGUUCGAAAAUGUUGUACGUUGAAAAAAAUCAAAUAAAACCACAUGCAUGUCACGAUAAAUCUA